AUGGGAGAACUCUUCCCGCAAAGGGAGCUAGGACUCUCCGAGCGUCCGUGCAGCGCGGCCCGCCUGCAGCAGGGGGACAGCCAUCAUCAAGAAUUGCCUAAACAAUGCCUGCAGGGACCAGGCAAGUUGAGGGGGUUCAGGGAGAGCAGACCAGAGUGUAUACCCAGGACAAGAGGACAGCCAGUAUCUACCAAGCAGGAUGAAAGUCUAGUGCCGUCAGAUCUUCAGAAUCUUUUUGAAAAAGCUGGUAGUCUAGAUUUUCAGCAAAAUCUUCCAGAUUGUUCUGUUGCUCAAAAGAUAUAUUUCUACAUUGUUGGAAAAGGAAAUGAUCAGCUUUGUAAUAUCACAAUCAAUUGUUCGACUGCGGCUGAGGAUUGUGUCCAAGGUCGCAGAGUAACUGGUGAACUAGGAUUCAAGUCCAGCUUUGUUGCACUCUGUGAAGGGGAGAGGGGAAAAUGGGGAAUGUCACCUCCUCACAUGUCUAUCAAGUACUUCUUGAAGUCCCCUCAUCAUAGUAACAGAAACAAUAGCGGUAGUAGCAUCAACCAUAGUGAUAGCGUAUUUUGGAUACGAUUUCUUCUGAAGAGACCAUCGAACAUCUUGUGUGGCAUCUCAUCUGAUUGGACUUUUUUUGUCAGUGAAUAUGAACUUCAGUUGCUGAAUAACAUUAAUAUCUACCUGCAUUUUUACACUAAUAUUGCGUAUGUUUUUCAGGUUUUCAAUUCAAAAACAGCUGAACUACUUAGUCAUCAUCAAGUGGAAAUAAAACAGGAGUUUCCGAGAGAAGGAUGGGUGGAACAAGACCCUAAGGAAAUUCUGCAGUCUGUCUAUGAGUGCAUAGAGAAAACGUGUGAGAAACUUGGACAGCUCAAUAUUGAUAUUUCCAACAUAAAAGCUAUUGGUGUCAGCAACCAGAGGGAAACCACUGUAGUCUGGGACAAGUUAACUGGAGAGCCUCUCUACAAUGCUGUGGCUGCUCCAGUUUCUCCUGGCCCUUCAGUUCCAGUUGCCGUUGCCCCCUCUGGCUCUUCAGUUCCAGCUGCUGGUACUUCCUCAGUGUGGCUUGAUCUAAGAACCCAGUCUACCGUUGAAAAUCUUAGUAAAAGAAUUCCAGGAAAUAAUAACUUUGUCAAGUCCAAGACAGGCCUUCCACUUAGCACUUACUUCAGUGCAGUGAAACUUCGUUGGCUCCUUGACAAUGUGAGAAAAGUUCAAAAGGCUGUUGAAGAAAACAGAGCGCUUUUUGGGACCAUUGAUUCAUGGCUUAUUUGGAGUUUGACAGGAGGAGUCAAUGGAGGUGUUCACUGUACAGAUGUAACAAAUGCAAGUAGAACAAUGCUUUUCAACAUUCAUUCUUUGGAAUGGGAUAAAGAACUCUGCGAAUUUUUUGGAAUUCCAAUGGAAAUUCUUCCAAAUGUCCGAAGUUCUUCUGAGAUCUAUGGCCUAAUGAGAGCUGGGGCCUUGGAAGGUGUGCCAAUAUCUGAGUGUUUGGGGGACCAGUCUGCCGCAUUGGUGGGACAGAUGUGCUUCCAGGAUGGACAAGCCAAAAACACGUAUGGAACAGGAUGUUUCUUACUAUGUAAUACAGGCCAUAAGUGUGUAUUUUCUGAACACGGCCUUCUAACCACAGUAGCUUACAAACUCGGCAGAGACAAACCAGUAUAUUAUGCUUUAGAAGGUUCUGUAGCUAUAGCUGGUGCUGUCAUUCGUUGGCUAAGAGACAAUCUUGGAAUCAUAAAGACCUCAGAGGAAAUUGAAAAACUUGCUAAAGAAGUCGGUACUUCUUAUGGCUGCUACUUCGUCCCAGCAUUUUCAGGGUUAUAUGCACCUUAUUGGGAGCCCAGUGCAAGAGGGAUAAUCUGUGGACUCACUCAGUUCACCAAUAAAUGCCAUAUUGCUUUUGCUGCAUUAGAAGCUGUUUGUUUCCAAACCAGAGAGAUUUUAGAUGCCAUGAAUCGCGACUGUGGAAUUCCACUCAGUCAUUUGCAGGUAGAUGGGGGAAUGACGAGCAACAAAAUUCUUAUGCAGCUACAAGCAGACAUCCUGUAUAUCCCAGUCGUGAAGCCCUCGAUGCCUGAAACGACUGCACUGGGUGCUGCCAUGGCGGCGGGGGCGGCAGAAGGAGUAGGCGUUUGGAGUCUCGAACCUGAGGAUUUGUCAGCUGUCACCAUGGAGCGGUUCGAACCCCAGAUCAAUGCCGAGGAAAGUGAAAUUCGUUAUUCUACAUGGAAGAAAGCUGUGAUGAAGUCAAUGGGUUGGGUUACAACUCAGUCUCCAGAAAGUGGUGACCCUAGUAUCUUCUGUAGUCUGCCCUUGGGCUUUUUUAUAGUGAGUAGCAUGGUAAUGUUAAUCGGAGCAAGGUACAUCUCAGGUAUUCCAUAAAGCAUACCAACUCGUCGAUUCCCAAGAUGCGAGCUUUUUACAUAAUGAGAGAAUCCUGUGAUUCUGUCUUUUAAUGUGAUGACACUAUUCGUAGACUCUGAUUUUAUUAAUUAGCCACUUGCUGCAUGACCCUCCAAGUAGAUCUGCGGCUUGAAAUAAAGAAACUGCAGCAGAAAGAAUGCUAUAGAAACAUUUGGUCUAUUUUUUAAACAUUGACAGUUAAGAUUGGGCUGGCUGGCUACUUUUGGGGCUGACCCACCCCAUGGCCAGGACAUCCUGCCCUAUUUCCUCUAAGGUCUAGAAGGAAUUCAGAUCCCGUUGGAAUUUUUUCCUCAAACUUCUUCAAACGCUAAUGGACCAGGAUUUCAUUCUUUGCACUACAUACACUUGAUGAAGGAGUGAUUACUAACCUGCUAAGAAUGAGCAACUUUUUGUUUAUUUGUUACAGACCCCCCCAAAAGUCUUCUUUUCUACACAUUGGAAGACCCUAUCUUUACUGAUUGUUUAAACAGAAACCCCUACUCAAUUUUUAAAAUAGAAAUUUGGUAUUCUCGUAGUUUGGAGGUUUUUCUGAAAAAUAUUUGCCAAAACUGAAAUUCUGAAGACAUUUUACUUGGGUCUCAAUAAUUAUGACUUUCUGCCUGGAUCUUAUAGGGAAGGACACUUUUUUUUUUUUCUCAUCUCUCCUUUUUAUAUUUUUUACUUUGGAUGUAUAACAUACAUACCUAUAUAUUUUAUAUACCGAGGGUAGCCCAUUUAUAAAUUAAGAGCACAUUGUAUUCGGUAGAUUAUAACAGGGCUGGUCUUAAGUGGACUACUAUGUAUAUAAAUAUUUUUAGGGAAACAGCUGUAUACAUUUUUGGGCAACGGUUAUGCAUAUUAUUUACUAGGAGAAAUUUUUUCUUAAAGAGCCAAACACUUAAACUUUAAAUAUAUGUUCUAUGUCAAUAAAAGAAAAUGUACUUUAUUGUGAUUUCAACUACAUUUCUUAUACCUUACCUUUUUAUUUGUCUUAGCUGGAUAUAUGUUUUCAAAAAGAAUGAAAAAACUGUGGAGUACUACAGUAAAUGUUGUUUUCAAACACAAGCAAAUGUCCAAAUAAAGUCAUUUUUCCUUUGAAUUAAGUUUAGACAUAUUUGGGGCCUUUUUGAGGAGAUGAGAGAAUGUCAAAAAAAAAAAAAA